AUGUUGGUACUCAACAAAUCCUCGACCUGUGAUGUCUGUAUGGAAGGCUAUAUGAAUGGCGGCAAUUCACCGCACUCGAUCUCUUGUGGGCACACAUUCUGCCAAAAGUGUCUCGAUCAUCUUUUGCGCCACAUAUGUCCCCUUUGUCGGACUCGAUUUUCCCCUCAGGACGUCCGCAAGCUUCACAUUGAUAUGCAGUCGCCUAUGAUUACGACCGCCUCCAUAGAAGAAGUCCCCGAAAACCCUGAAUCUUCUUCUCCGCCUCCUGACAACGAAGCCCGCAUCCUUCAGGAAGAUAUCGCCCGUGUCGUCAGAGAAGGUGCCAAGCUUCCUGAACUCCGCCGGGUAAUCGAGAAAUGUCGAACGUACUACAAGUCACAGUCAGCUGACCAGGUACGUUCAUGA